UGCCCUCAUUGCCUCGCCGAGGCUCUUCACCCCUUUUCCAGCCAUCACUGAAUUCGCUCCGAGUUGGCGUCAGGGGAUUACGGCAUCAACACGUUGGAUUGGGGCGCGGCUGUCGAUGAUCUAUGAUAAUCCAGAGAAUGAAAAUGCUUGAAAAGAUCCGACUAGAGUGCACGGACCCACUUACAGCUUUGGUGCGGCGGAAAGCUCCGCCGCUGCGGGUUGCAAGGGUCCCAGAAAUUUUACUCCUACCCAGCUCGCGUGUCAAGUCAAGAUAAUUGAAAAGCCGCCAACCCGAAUUGACGUCGCCCAAGCACAAGUAGCCGCGAUGUCGAGGUGCCAGCAGGUCGGCCGGCCAAUUGUGCGGUCCUUACAGCAAGGAGCUGCUUCGAGGGCAUGCACGGCAUCGGCAAUUGCCAUCCGGCAGUUCUCAGCAACAUCGUGCUCCCUAGACGUUGAGGCCGCGACGGUAUCAGAACCAAAAGCCCCGAGCGGACCACCGGCCCCAAGAAACCCAUCGGACUUGGACUGGAAGCGACGGAAGCUGGACCCCAACGUCACGACGCUUCGAUGGGCUGAAUCGCGGCUGAUGAAGGCUGGGACGCCGCCCAUCGGGUCCAGGAGGAGACGAGCGGCAAUCCGCACGAGCAACAACAUCCCCUUUGAGCAACUCCCCUACCAGUGCUUCCAGGAGGCACGCAAGAUCCUGAACGCGGACCGCGAGGAGAAGAUUGCGCAGAUAAUCGCCGAGACGGCCAAGAUCAAGCGCCUAGAGGCUGCAGAUGCAAGCACCAUGAAGGGGGGCGAGGAGCUGAAGCAGCGCCGGCUUGCCAGCUUGAGGAAACACGUGGAGGAGUUGAAGAUCCUAGCCGACAUCAACGAUCCCCUUGUAAAGCGGCGGUUUGAGGAUGGCAUGGGCGACAUGACGAAGCCCAUCUACAGAUAUCUCGCCGACCGGCGCUGGCGGGAGAUGGACCGCAAGAUCACCAUGCAGCGCAUCAGCCAGUUCUUCAUCGUGCCAGACGUGCUGCCCAAGCUCGAGCCGACAGCCGACGUCAAGCUCUUCUUCCGGCAGCAGAAGGUGACGCCCGGCGAGAUCCUCGACAGCCGCGUGACCGAGGUCCCGCCGACGCUGCGCGUCCAGGUCUUCGACAAGGGCUCGCGCCUCCUCUCGGUCGUCGUCCUGGACAGCGACGUCCCCGACCCGGACCGCGACGCCUUCGGCCGCCGCUGCCACUUCCUGGCCGCCAACAUCCCCUGGGACCCGUCGCGCACGAGCCUCCCGCUGUCGCGCGUCCCCGCCGCCGUCCCCUGGCUCCCGCCCUUCUCGCAGAAAGGCGCCGCCUACCACCGGCUCGGCGUCUACGUCCUCGAGCACGCCGAGCCGCUCGACGACGCCCGCCUCGCCGAGCUCUACGGCGGCGAAGGGGGCCGCGACGGCUUCAGCCUGCGGAGCUUCCGCGACAGGUUCGGCGGCCCGCGCCCCAUAGGCUUCACCAUGUUCCGCUCCGUCUGGGACGAGGGCACCGCCGACGUCAUGGCCCGCCACGGCAUCCCCGGCGCCGACGUCGAGUUCAGGCGGCCCCGCGUCGAGUCCCUCAAGCCGCCCCGCAAGGCCAGGGGCUGGGAGGCCAAGAGGCAGAAGGCAAAGUACAAGUUCCUGUGGAAGUACACCAAGCGCAUUGCUUGAGUGGGGUGAACGUGAACCUCUCGCUUCGCUUGCCCGAGGCUCUGGGAGUGUGGUUGUGUGGGUUGUCGUGUUGGAUAAUUGCCCUCCCCUACCGGAAGUGGUGGGGAUGUUUGGGGAGGGUGUUACUUGUAUCAUACGUGCGUCUGUACUGGGAAAUAUCAAGUGAGAACGGGUGUACUAGAUAGACUCUUGUGUGAAUAUCGUCGAAAUUCAUAGGACGUUCAACUUGCCCCUGCGUUUUGGACUUGGACUCUGAAUCUACCCUCGAGAAAUAACACUUGAGCCAGUAUACUCUCGGCAGUGAGAUACUCCAACAGUGUACACUAUAUUCAACAAAG